AUGGAAACCACUCCUCAGGCCACUGCCACCUUCGUGGUAGAAUCCGGGUGUAUUUGCUUCGGUGAACUGCAUAAUGUAUGGUCCGGCAGCUCAGUCCCUAUUCAAGUAUUCCCCAGCAUCCGGCCGGAAUGUGUGGGGACGGUGGUAGCACAUCAUCUGGAAUUCAACGUUCCUGCGCACAAUGGCAGAUGGAAUGCCUUUCAUCUGGUGGAUAUUGAUACCGAGAUAGUCUCAGGGUGGUUCCUAUGUCACUCAGACGUUGACGUCGGCCCUGAGAUUCAGCGGAUCCUGCGCGUUUCCGGUUCUCCAUAUGAACCCGACUGUGGGAGUACCAGGAACGAUGGUAAGACCCAUGCCGAGGGAAUUCUGGUGGUCAAUCGGUAUGACUGGGGUUAUUACGAUGCUCGCUGUCGAGACGAAAUAGACAAACAGUCAGGAGAGGGUACUGGAGAGGAACCAACGGAACUAGAUCCAGAAGAUGAGGGGGUGGAUGUUGAGCUCUCCGAGUCCGUUGGUGUUGUGGACUACGCCCAUGCGAAGAGCCAAGUCGCAGCUUGGAAGAGACAAUCAUCGGAUAGGAGGAAUCCAUGCGUCACUGGAGUUUGGAUGGAAAUCCCAAUGGCCGAGCACAAAUUCGGCCGAUUUGGCUUCAACCUCGAGCGCACCGCUGCUCACUCCUUUCUGUUCUUCUCGACCCGGACCGACUUCACUCGCACAUCGCUUGCCGGACAGAGCCACCCUCUACGCAAACCAGAGACUAAUGAAGAAAGGUUUGAGCGGCGACUUCGUGAGGGCUUUGACUUCUCCGGACUCCAGUUAAUACAAAGGCUGUCGGCGCCUCCAGGGGAAGGCUUCAUAUCGUUCUCGCCGCCAGCGCCACCCGAAUCGACAUGUCUCGGACCGUAUUCUAAAGGAGACCAUGUUCUUCGCGUUCAAGAACUCGAUAGCUUACGGCUUCGCCCUUUCAGACCACAUUUCCCCCCGGAGUUGAUAGCUGACCUCCGGACCCAAGGCAUUACGAUCAAUACCAGUCCAAUUCAAAGGCGGAACAUCGCAGUUUUCGUCGAUCCUGAGAAAGAUCGUGUAUUUGACCUUAUUAAUGAGCUUAUAUUAAGCUACCUGGAGCGUUCUGUUCUUCCUGCUCUACAUUGGAGGACGCCUUCUAUGAUCGCCGAUGCUCUUUUUGGUAAGCCUGCGAAGGGCAAACUGCUUGAUGUCUAUUGCCACUGCUGCUUGACACAAUCUGCUACGGAGCCAAUCCCUGAUUUUGAAGUGGACUACAUGUGUGGUAAGAUCAAAACCUUCCUCAACUCUCGUGCUGUCUGUCAGCCUUCAGCAAUCGAGGAGGAGUCCAUUCGUGGAAUAUGUCGAGUUAUCGCGUAUCUGGUUUCAGAGAUCCUUGAACUUUCGUGUAAUGCCGCGAUUGAUAGCUAUCGAUAUGGUAUUGUGCCCCUCGACAUCCGGAUCAGUGUAUAUAACGAUUCGGAGCUGUACAAUUUGUUGCAGUAUUCCACGGUGCUGUGGAAAGGGAGGGGGUGA